AUGAGCUCAAAACGCAAACACAGCAGUGGACCCGUCUCACUGCGCUCCGCAAAACACCUCCGUCCCGAUACCUCUUCCCCACAGCCAUUAACCCCAGACGACCAAGCGUUGGGCAAAGAGGCCGUCUAUGUUCUGGAAAAUAAAAACGAGGAUAUCUCCCACAUCCUCCCGCUUGCUCCUGCUGCCCAGACAGAUUCCCCGGAAUGGCAGGCUACUAUCGAAACCGUCGUGAGGAGCGUUGUCUCCAUCCAUUUCUGUCAGACGGCCUCGUUUGAUACGGAUCUGUCCACGUCGAGUCAGGCAACGGGGUUUGUGGUUGAUGCGGAGAGGGGUUAUAUCUUGACCAAUAGACAUGUAGUUUGCGCCGGGCCGUUUUGGGGAUAUUGUAUUUUUGAUAAUCAUGAAGAGUGUGAUGUUCUACCAGUUUAUAGAGAUCCCGUCCACGAUUUUGGUAUUUUGAAGUUCGACCCCGCCGCGAUUAAAUACAUGCCCGUCACACAAUUAGAACUGUCGCCGGACGCCGCAAGAGUUGGUGUCGAGAUAAGAGUCGUGGGAAACGAUGCCGGUGAGAAAUUGAGUAUUCUUUCUGGUGUUAUCAGUCGUCUCGACCGGAAUGCGCCAGACUACGGUGAAGGGUAUAGUGAUUUCAACACCAAUUAUAUCCAAGCCGCAGCUGCGGCUAGUGGUGGCAGUUCCGGUAGUCCCGUCGUGAAUAUAGAUGGUCACGCCAUUGCGUUACAGGCUGGUGGACGUGUUGAUGGCGCCGCAACGGAUUACUUUUUACCUCUAGACCGUCCACUACGAGCUCUGGAGUGCAUACGUGCAGGCGUGCCGGUCACGCGAGGUACAAUCCAGACUCAGUGGAUCAUCAAACCAUUUGAUGAGUGCCGUCGGCUUGGUCUUUCUCCUACAUGGGAAGCCGCAGUUAGACAAUACUCACCCAAGGAAACUGGGAUGCUUGUUGUGGAAAUCGUUCUACCAGAAGGCCCCGGUGAUGGUAAACUUGAGGAGGGAGAUGUGUUGAUCAAAGUUAACGGGGAGCUUCUUACUCAGUUUGUAAAGCUGGAUGCGAUAUUGGAUUCGAGUGUGGGAAAAGACGUCAGCCUUCUUGUGCAGCGGGGAGGAGAGGAUUUGGAGGUCUCGUGUUCCGUUGGAGACCUUCAUAAAAUCACCCCUGAUCGCUACGUCACUGUUGCUGGCGCCACUUUUCACAACCUCUCUUACCAGCAGGCGAGGCUGUAUGCUAUCGCCUGUAAGGGAGUGUAUAUCUGUGAAGCUGCUGGUUCGUUUAAACUUGAGAACACCUUUUCGGGUUGGAUAGUUGAUGCAGUAGACAAGCGGCCCACGAGAAAUUUGGAUGAAUUUAUUGAAGUAUUGAAAACAAUUCCAGAUCGCGCAAGAGUAACCCUUUCAUAUAGACAUAUUCGAGACUUGCAUACUAGAGGAACAAGCAUCAUACAUAUUGACCGCCAUUGGCAUCCACAUAUGAAACUUGCUGUCCGGAAUGAUAAGACAGGUUUAUGGGAUUUCACAAAUAUCGCGGAGCCGAUUCCCGCUGAACCACCAGUCCCCCGGAAAGCGGACUUUAUUCAGCUCGAUGGUACCAACCAUCCUGCAGCAGCUAAUAUCGUCCACAGCUUCGUUCGUGUUUCCUGCACAAUGCCAGUGAAACUUGACGGGUUCCCACAAGCGCGAAAAGCUGGAUUCGGCCUCGUGGUCGACGCAGAAAAAGGUCUCGUUCUUGUUUCCAGAGCUAUCGUCCCCUUUGAUCUCUGCGACAUCAACGUAACCGUCGCAGACUCCAUCAUUGUUAUGGCAAAAGUUAUCUUCCUGCAUCCACUACAAAACUUUACGAUCAUCCAAUACGACCGAAGUCUGGUGCAGGCACCAGUCAAGACAGCGAAGCUUAGCACUACUUACAUCAAACAGGGUUCUGACACCAUUUUUGUUGGCUUCAAUCAAAAUUUCCGAAUUGUUGUGGCCAAAACGGUCGUUACUGAUAUUACCACUGUCGCCAUAACACCCAACACCGCUGCACCACGCUACCGCGCUCUCAACCUUGACGCAAUCACUGUGGACACGGGCCUAAGCAGCCAGUGCUCCAACGGCGUGCUAAUCGGGGAAGACGGCGUUGUGCAAGCCCUCUGGCUUAACUACCUAGGGGAACGCACCACCAACUCCCACAAGGAUGUUGAAUACCACCUAGGUCUUGCGACCCCUUCCCUUCUCCCGAUCAUCAAACAAAUCCAAGACGGAACCAUACCCAAGCUCCGCAUUAUGGAUAUGGAGACCUACGUUAUCCAAAUGAGUCAGGCCCGCAUCAUGGGCGUGUCGGAAGAGUGGAUCGAGAAGGUCGCUAUCGCCAACCCAGCGCGUCAUGAGCUAUUCAUGGUGCGGAAAGUGGACUGUGCUUCCCCUCUAUCAAAAGAUAAGCGCCAGCUUCGAGAGGCCGAUAUCAUUCUCACCCUCAAUGAUAAGCUGAUCACCCGCGUCUCUGAGUUUGAUAUCAUGUAUCACCACAAAACGCUCGAUGCACUCAUUGUGCGCAAUGGCAAGGAAAUGCGUAUUAAGAUCAUGACAGUACCUACUGAGGACCUGGAGACAGAUCGCGCCUUGAUUUUCUGUGGCGCCGUGCUGCAGAAGCCGCAUCAUGCUGUUCGACAGCAGAUUUCCAAGUUGCAUAGCGAGGUCUAUGUUAGCGCGCGGAGCCGCGGUUCCCCUGCCUACCAAUAUGGCCUCUCACCGACUAACUUCAUUACAGCCGUCAAUGGUGUCAAAACUCCAGAUCUCGACUCGUUCAUCAAAGAGGUCAACACCAUCCCGAACAAUACAUACUUCCGUAUCCGCGCCGUCACCUUCGACAAUGUCCCCUGGGUCAUCACCAUGAAGAAGAACGAUCAUUAUUUCCCCAUGUCUGAAUAUGUCAAAGACCCCUCAGCCCCCGAGGGAUGGCGGGCUAUUUCUCACGAUAAAGAGCCACGACGCUCCGACAUGGAUAACCUCAAUGCAGACGCGAUGGAUGAAGAACCUGAUGAGGCGAUGAGCGAUGCGGAGCCGGAUCAGGCGAGUGGGGAUGACUAA